AUGCCCGAAACACGGAAAAAGAGGGUCGCCGUCAUCGGAGCUGGCGCAGCAGGCAUGUCCUGUGCCUCAACCCUGGCAAACCAUCCUCACAUGUUUGAAGUGGCAUUAAUCGACACCGAAUCCCAUGCCGGUGGCCAGGCUACCUCAAUUUCAUUAGAUGACUCGCAAUAUGGGGCCAGUUGGCUGAACGACGGCGUGCAAGGCGGCUCCGCAAUCUUUCGACACACUUUUCGAUUCUUUCGCCAGUAUGGCUAUGAGCCACAGCCCGUGAAACUCCAGGUUUCUUUCGGCAAAGGCCACGACAGUUUCUGGACCAAUGUCUUUCCCAGCCCGUUGGUCGACCAGCUCUCGGGGGAGAUCAAGAAACUCGGUCGUGUUCUCAAGUGCAUCAAAUACCUCAUGCCCAUCCUCGGCAUUCUACCAGUCAAAGUGACCCUACGACUCUUCCGCUUCAGCGACGACUUCAAUAAAAAAAUGGUUCUACCGCUGUUGGCCUUGUUCUUGGGCACUGGCAACCAGACUCCCAACGUGCCAAGCGUGUUGCUGGAGCGGCUUUUUGACGACCCUCAGAUGAGCCUCUGGGAAUACGACCCGGAUACGCUGCUACCCAACCUCCCAACAAUGUUCACAUUUCCAAACCUGGGCAGCUUUUAUCAAGACUGGGCAGCGGAUCUACGCUCCAAAAGGAUCGACCUCCGGAUGAAUUGCACAACCUCUAUCCUAGAGCGAGGCAAAAAAGGCGUGGUGUUGCAGACUCAGGCGCAUCGCGAAGAUGAUCUCUCCCAAGAGGAACCAUUGACCGAGGUCUUCGACGAACUCGUACUUUGCUGCCCGGCGGAUGAGGCCAAGAAGCUCCUUGGUCGGCACGCCACCUGGCGGGAGAAGUAUGUUCUAGGGGGCGUCAAAUUUUACAACGAUAUUACCAUCACGCACUCCGACUCUGAGUACUUUCAGCGAAUCUUUGAAGUGCAAUAUACCCCACAUCUGUGCGCUCAACCGACAUCUCAGGACCGAAAGGACCAGAUCGCGUUUGCAGAGCAGUCGCCCGAGAUUCGAAAGGACGGCUGGCUGGGGUUCCAGCCCAUGUACUAUACGCACUCAUUUCACUCAGACCCGGACAAGAUUGAGAUGGGGUUUGAUUGUACAAACUACCAGCACCAGUUCCGAGAGCGACUGGGCGAGGGAAAACCCGCUUUGCCACAAGACCAGCAUGUAUUUCAGACUAUUUUCCUGAAUGAUCAGCAUCAGGAUCUGUGGACUUGGACCGAUAUUGACUCUACCAAAAUCAUCGGCCGGAAAUGGUGGCACCAAUUUGGCCAUCGGUGGCAGCACUACCUCCGGGUUGUACCCGGGAUGAUGCUGAUCAAUGGCACGAAUCACACAUUGUAUGCAGGAAGCUGGACGAUGGUGAAUAUGCACGAAAUCGCCUGCAUCUCCGGGAUUGCAGCAGCAUACCAGCUCGGCGCCACAUAUGAGCCCUUCGAUGACUUUGCCGAAGACUUCUUUGCCAAAUACCUGCUGAUAUGCCAUGGCACGCGAUACAAGAGACAAAAAGAGAAAGAUACAUAG